UUUAAGGGGAAAAAAAAAGAAAAAAGAUAAAAAAUAUAUAUAUAUGUAUUUAAUGUCCAUACGCGACCAAAAUAAAAAACGGUUAAAGGAUUAACCAGAUAAAAAGGAAGUGCAGGUCACAACAUUGCGGUAGCGAUAUUCAUCUAAAAGAAUUUAUAAUAGUGAAGAAAUUGUAAAUGUUGGUUGAAAAAAAAAUGGAGAAUGGACUGUACGUUUUGUUGCUCAAUGAUGUUCACGCAACACUUAUUUUUACUAAUCUUUAGUUGGAACGUUUAUAAGAAAGAAAAGGAAAAAGAAAGAAAGAUUUAAUAGAUGAACGAACAAAUAGGGUGCAGUGCACAUUUUGUUCGUAUUUCCGCCUGCGUAUUUUCAACGUAGAGCAACAGAGUAUGUAUAUGAUAAUGGACGAUCAUAUCUAGUCUUAAAGACAAGUCGGUCCAUUCUAAAUCGCAACUUAAACUUAAAUGUCCGAUCGCUGUGUUCACGUCGUAUUUAAACAUAUUUUACGAUGUUCACGAACCGUUAAAAAGACAGUGCGGACGACUUUAAUUACUACUUAAAUAAAUGUACUAAAUGUGUAUUGUUGUUUAAAUUAAACUCUUAAAAGAAAAAAAAAAGGAAAAGAAAAAUAAAAGUAAAAAAAAAAAGAUCAUUUAUAGGUGAUAACGACGAAAAGUGCAAUUCGGAAAGUAACUGACUGAAAGUCAUCCGGAAUUACACGAAAAACAUGUACGCAAUAUGUAUGUAUGUAUGUAUGUACGUAUGUAUGUAUGUAAGUAAGUGAAUAUGCAUGAAUGAACGUUUGCAUGUGUCAUGUAUGUAUAUGUGUGUGUAUAUAUAAACAUAUUAUGGACACACACACACAUAUAUAUAUAUAUAUUCCGUGCAACGGAGAAAAUGUAUCGACAAAAAAAACUCGAGUCAAAUUUUUUAUAAGGGGAACGAAGGUUAAUGAAGGAUAUUGUUAAAAAAAAAUUUAUUAUAUUAUUGUGCUUAAAAAUCUUAAAAUUUUUAUUUAUUAUCUUUAAAAAGAUCUUAACUUUGACAUAAUACGUUUUAUUGUAUAUAAGUAAAGAUCUAAUGAAAAAUAACACGCUCCUGUAUCUAUUGGAUAAGUGUAUGUAUGGAUCAAGAUUUAGAUCAAGAAAUAUAAACUUGGCCUUUCCGUAAGAUUAGAUUAUAGUUUCACAUUCAUAAACACUUUCUUACUUUUUAAUAUUAAUAGUGCAUUCUAUACUAAAAUGGAAUUUUGAUGAUUCGAUCGAUGAUUUUACAACAAUAAUAUGAUUGUCGCGAUAUCAAUGGAUGUUUUAAAAAAAAAAAUAUUUAAACAAUUUUUUUUAAAGCGAAGAUUUUUAUUACGAUUUUAUUGAAUAUAUUCGACAAUUUUAUUUUUCUUUACAUUCUUUUACUUUGCUGACGAUAUCGAAAUCCAUGCAAUAUUGCAUAACAUCACUAUAUAAAAACAUUUGCUUUAAAAUUAUAUAUCUUGUAUUCAUUGUUAUGUAUUUAUCGAAAUAGUGGAUGCAUGUGUAUAUAUGUAUAUAUAUGUGCAUAUAUAUAUAUAUAUAUAUGUAUGUAUAUAUAUACAUAUAAAUAUAUGCAAAUGUCAAAUAUUAUUCAGCAGGUGAUUGAGAUUGUACAAAUGAAAAUGAGUUUACAAUAGAAUGAUCCGUUGGCAUCGAUAUUUCUAAGAUUUAAGUUCUAUCUCUUGUUAUGAUGUCUGUGAUGAAUCUCGCACCAGGCAGAUACAAAGAUUAGUGGAAACAAUACAAUAGUGGAAUGAUCUGUCCCUUUUUGAUCACAAUUUAUUAUUCAGAAUACAAUAUGUGUAUAUAUAUUUUUGAAAGAAAAAAUUUCGUGGAAUGUCUAUUGUCCGUUCGCAAAUGUUCCAAAUAACGCUUUAACAAAUACGUUUCGAAGAAACGAUUGGGAACAAUAUUGUUAAUCAUUGGUUUCUGUAUUUACUUUUAUCGUAUGUGUGUGCGUGUGUGCGCGUGUAUGUAUGAAUGUAGAAUAAGUUUAUAUUUAAUAACAUGUAUGUACUAAGAGAGAAAGAGAGAGAGAGAGAGAGAGAGAGAGAGAGAGAGAGAGAGAGAGAGAGAGAGAAAGAAAGAGAGAAAGAGAGCGUGAGCGAGCGAGAGAUAUAUGCUAAAGAAAUAAAAAAAAAUAACAAAUAAAAGAUUUAACAAUGUUAGAAUGGAAAUCGUACCGCACGGAGUAAUAAAUGAAAGAACAGAAUUAUAUAUAAAAUAAUGUAUGAAAGCGAGAGAGAGAGAGAGAGAGAGGGAAUGAAAGAAAAUUUGAGUUUAAGAAUUUUAUUGAAUUCAAAGAUGCAAAAAAAUAAAGGCGACUUAAUGGCACAAGCCCGUUUUAUAUUUUAUUUUCAUUAUCUAACAUUAUCUAUUCAUUGUUAGCGACCUUUGAAAUAUAUAUGCGACUUUUCAUUUUGUCAAGUUAAAAAUAAUUUGAUUAGAGUUAGUCGAGUUUGAUAUAAAAAAUUUUAUAUUAGACAGCGAAGAUAAUAAGACAGAGGAUGAUCUAAAAAAAGAACGGAAAUAAUUCGAAGGAUUUCGAAAAUGAUUUGGCCUUUUAAAAGUGAUCGAUACAUGGUUGCCCGAGGACAGUGUAAAGGGCCGAUAUUUGUGCCACUUGGAUCCCCUGUUUCUUUUUCUAUACAUUUACAUGUUAGCAGCUUUGCUUCGUCGUCGUCGUUUGUAGGGAGAGCACGCAGUCGCAAAGUGAACGCGCAGCACCGUGCUCGUGAUCACCAGGCCAACGUAUGUAGGAGUUCGAUUUUGACGUUCGUAGAAUCGACUACUCCGUGCUCUCGUUAUAUACUCUUAUUUUAAUUUUCCCUCCUCUUUCAAUCCACACACACAUAGUUAGCCAAUUGUCUAUUUUGUGCAUCCUCGUGUUUAUUUCUUUUCUACGCGUUUGCGCUCGCACGUUGUUUAUUCACGUCCUAUGCGAUCCAAUGUCCUUCGGAAAAUAAAUAUCGAGAGGUCGUUUUAUUAAAGUUAUUUAUUGGUAGGUACUCGAGAUUUACGUUUCUUGUGUGUGAGCGUGUGUAUGUAUGUGCGUGUUUAGAACGCGUGCGAUGUAUCUAAAAAUCUACUUGUUCUAUAUAACAAAAUUACGAUAAUUAUUCGCGAUAAUGUGUGACCUCGUAACCAACAGGAUCUUAUUAUUAAAGUGCUAAAAAAACAAAAAAACUGAGAGAGAGAGAGAGAGAGAGAGAGAGACAGAGAGAGAGAAAGAAUGGAGAAAAUGAGAUCGUUGAAAUCAAGGAUUACAAGAGAAACGAUGAUACGUUGUUUUAAUAUUCGUCAUAUUAGAAGAUCGAUAUCGUUUUAUCAAACUACGGUUAACGUCGAAUAGGAAGGAGAAGGGAAUAAAAAAAGAAAAAAAGAAAAGUCGAACCUCUCUCUUCUCUUUCUCGAGAAGAGCCCUUCGACGACCGCAAUGCGCGCGCGGUGAAUCGACGACGGACACUCUGUUGUUCUACAUCCCGAAUCAUUGUGAAAUACUGCUACGAUCUUAAAGCGUAUAAUAUGGUAACUAUGAGCUCCGAAAAGUCGGCCUCCCGCCGAAAGCCAAUAGAGAAUAAUGAUACGAGAGAAUCAUCGGAUCAAACUGGCGACAGGGAAGAGAAUGAUCGAACCGAGGAGAAUGUUGAGAAACAGAAUACACCCACGCACCGUGUCACUGCCUGUUGCGCUGAAGAUACGCCAAAUUAUCUCGUCUACAAAAAGAUGGAAUCUCUAAUGGAAAAAAUGUUGGAGGAAGCUACAGGUGUCCCCGUAAGAACAGUAAAAAGUUUCAUGACAAAAACUCCAUCAGUUUUCACAGGUUCCGAUUUGAUAUCGUGGAUGAUGAAAACUAUGGAUAUUGAUGAUCAAGAGGCUCUUCACGUGGCACAUCUCAUGUCAUCUCAUGGUUAUUUCUUUCCCAUUGAUGAUCAUUGUCUUACCGUUAAAAACGAUAACACAUUCUAUAGAUUUCAAACGCCUUAUUUUUGGCCAUCGAAUUCUUGGGAACCAGAGAAUACCGAUUACGCCGUUUAUCUGUGCAAAAGAACGAUGCAAAAUAAAACGCGUCUCGAAUUGGCUGAUUAUGAAGCCGAGAAUCUAGCUAGAUUGCAGAAAAUGUUCUCUCGAAAGUGGGAGUUCAUUUUUAUGCAAGCGGAAGCACAGAGUAAAGUCGAUAAAAAGCGAGAUAAACUGGAAAGGAAAGUAUUGGACAGUCAAGAGAGAGCCUUUUGGGACGUGCAUCGGCCGAUGCCUGGCUGUGUAAAUACGACAGAACUCGAUAUCAAGAAAGCAUGUCGCAGUCAAAAACCAAACUUGAGAUCUAGUAAACAUCUGAAACUUGGGAUCGCUGGUGGAAGAAUUUCUCCCCAUUCGGAAUCUUACAUAACGUUUACGAUAGAAUCGUUGCAAAAGGAAAUUGACAUGUUGAAGGAUAGAUUGGAUAGGAGAAAUAUCAAAGUUUCUAAAGUUGCGGAAGCUCUUAUCGGAUACUUUGAACAGUAUUCCGAGUAUGAUCCAUUUUUUACUCAACCUGAAUUUACAAAUCCGUGGAUAUCGGAUAAUCCGGAAAUGUGGGAGCAAGAGAAAAUAGCGAAAGAAGUAUCUACGAGAAGAGUGAAGAGAUGGGCGUUUGGCCUUCAGGAAUUGUUACAGGAUCCGGUCGGUAGAGAACAAUUUAUACGAUUUUUGGAAAAAGAAUUUAGCAGUGAAAAUCUCAAAUUUUGGGAGACCGUACAGGAAUUGAAAACCUUCUCGCAGAAAGAUGUUAACGUUAAGGUUGAAGAAAUUUGGAAUGAAUUUUUGGGUCCAGAUGCGAGCUGUCCAAUUAACGUCGAUUCUAGGUCCUUCGAAAUAACGAAAAAAAAUUUGGAAAAACCUGAUCGUUGGUGUUUCGAUGUCGCUGCGGCUCAUGUUUAUCAUCUCAUGAAAAGUGAUAGUUAUUCGAGAUAUCUUCGUUCUGAGAUGUACAAAGACUUUCUUAAUGGUUCGAAGAAGAAGACAUCGGUAAAGGGUAUCCGAUCAAUCGUAUCUUUCACUGGGCGCAGAGAUACGGCAACUUCGUAAUCUGUCGUGAUAUUUGAAAAUAUCAUGUAAAAAAUUGGGAAAGUGCGGAUAUCAUUUCUAAUCAGUAAUCACGUAAGUUAAACAAAUUUUAAAUCUUUUAGAUAAUAUCAUCAUUUAAUUUAAUCCAUACAGGAACUUUCGAAUUAUACGCGUAUGUAUAUAACGCGAUAUGUUCCUCGAUAAACGUUUGAUAACAUCGGAAUAUAUCUAUAAAAAAAUCAAUCUGACGAUUAAAGAAGCAUAAUCGUUUAAAUUACGUAUUGUAAUAAUUAUGCCCUUAUAAAAAGACUUUACACAGAGAAACAAAACUAUUUGUUUUAAAUUAUUCGUCAUACAAUUAUUUUCAUAUCACUCUAUUUAUUAAUUGGAUAUAUAGUUUCACAAUGUAUCUGUAGAUAAUGUAUGUAAAAUACAAAAGAUAUAGAUUGUUUUUAAGCUUAUAGAAAGCAAUGAGAUAUACCAUAAGAAAUACUGGUAGACAUAGUAUAAUGAAGUGAGUCAUAAAGUAAUACAACAAGUAUCAAAUGUACAGUUAUAUGCUUCUUAGGAUGAUAUUAUAUUAAACUUCGUUGUCUUGAAUGAUCUUGCGUAAUACAACAGAUAAUUUUCAUUUAAAAAGUCUAUCAUUAAAAAACAGAAAAUAAAAGAAAAAGUAUCUUUAUAUUAUGAUUAUGCAGCUUUGUAAAGCUGUGUAAGAAUACCAAUAAUAUACGUGUUUUUUCCAUUUUAUAGUAAAUCUUCAUUCAAGAAAUUUGAUUUUAGCGACGUCAGAAAUGUAAUCAAAAGGAUCCAAUGCUAUGAAGUAGUAAAUACCGACAGUGAUCAGACUGGCAUUUACUAGGCUCAAUAAAAACAGGUGGCAAUAAUCAGAUGUGCCGAAUUAUGGUUUUCUACUUACAGUAGUAUGUACUUUUGUUGACAAAUCGUCGUUGAUAAAACUGUUUGAAAUGUCAACUAACGUUCUAUAAUUAUUAUAUAUGUAUAAUACGUACAGUUUUUCUGCGUCGUGUAAAUGGACUUAAAAAUGGAAAAGUGAAAAGAGUUAAUGUUUGAGGUAGACAGCAUAUAUAAGACUCACAGAUGUGUACCAA